AAAUGUAUAGCCAUUAAUGUCUCUCGCUUUCAAACGCAACCUUCCUCUAUAUAAAGCCCCCUUCCUCUUAACCCAGCUAUACUACAACUACAAACAUCACAUAUUUAUCCCAACAUGGCUGACAAAAUCAACACACUCCCAUUUCUCUUGUUUCUUCUUUGCUUAUCCAAUCACAUAGUAGAAUCCCGGGAACCUUUCGCUUGUGACCCUAAACUUGGGCUAACAAGAAGCUUCAAGUUCUGUAGGGUUAAUUUGCCAAUACAUGUGAGAGUGAGGGAUUUGAUUGGGAGGUUGACAUUGCAAGAGAAGAUUAGGUUGUUGGUCAACAACGCUGCUGCCGUGCCUAGGCUUGGCAUUCAAGGGUACGAAUGGUGGUCUGAGGCUCUUCAUGGUGUGUCCAAUGUGGGGCCAGGGACCAAGUUUGGUGGGGCCUUUCCUGGUGCCACUGGCUUUCCUCAGGUUAUCACCACUGCUGCUUCCUUCAAUGAGUCUUUGUGGGAGGAAAUCGGACGGGUGGUGUCUGAUGAAGCAAGGGCAAUGUACAAUGGAGGGAUGGCUGGCUUGACAUAUUGGAGUCCAAAUGUUAAUGUCUUCCGUGAUCCCAGGUGGGGUAGAGGGCAGGAAACUCCUGGUGAGGAUCCUGUUGUAGCAGGAAAAUAUGCUGCCAGCUAUGUUAGAGGGCUUCAAGGUAAUAAUGGUAUCAGACUAAAAGUUGCUGCUUGCUGCAAACACUACACUGCCUAUGAUCUGGAUAAUUGGAAUGGAGUGGACCGGUACCACUUCAAUGCUAGAGUCAGCAAGCAAGAUUUGGAGGACACGUAUAAUGUGCCAUUCAAGUCCUGCGUGGUGGAAGGAAAAGUGGCCAGUGUAAUGUGCUCUUACAAUCAAGUCAAUGGUAAGCCCACCUGUGCAGAUCCUUACCUCCUCAAGAACACCAUCCGUGGUGAAUGGGGCCUUAAUGGAUACAUUGUAUCAGACUGUGACUCUGUUGGGGUUCUAUUUGAUACUCAACACUACACCGCCACGCCAGAAGAAGCAGCUGCGGCCACUAUUAGAGCGGGCCUGGAUCUGGACUGCGGCCCAUUCUUGGCCAUCCAUACCGAAAAUGCUGUGAAGGGAGGAUUGCUAAAGGAAGAAGAUGUAAACAUGGCCUUGGCCAAUACAAUAACUGUCCAAAUGAGACUCGGCAUGUUUGAUGGACCAUCAGCCCAGCCAUUUGGUAAUUUGGGCCCGAGAGAUGUUUGUACUCCAGCCCACCAACAAUUGGCCCUUCAUGCGGCUCGACAAGGCAUUGUUUUGCUUCAAAAUCGCGGGCGGACCUUGCCUUUGUCAAGAACCCUUCAAACCGUAGCAGUAAUUGGUCCCAAUUCUGAUGUUACUGUUACCAUGAUAGGAAAUUAUGCUGGUGUUGCAUGUGGUUACACCACUCCUCUUCAAGGGAUUCGUAGAUAUGCAAAGACCGUUCAUCAUUCUGGAUGUAAUGAUGUGUUCUGCAAUGGGAACCAACUAUUUAAUGCAGCAGAGAUUGCGGCCAGGCAUGCUGAUGCAACUAUUCUUGUAAUGGGACUUGAUCAAUCUAUAGAAGCAGAAUUUAGGGAUAGGAAAGGGCUUCUCUUACCUGGAUACCAACAAGAGCUUGUAUCGAGAGUGGCCAGGGCAUCAAGAGGUCCUACUAUAUUGGUGCUGAUGAGUGGCGGUCCAAUUGAUGUCUCGUUCGCUAAGAAUGAUCCUCGUAUCGGUGCUAUACUGUGGGUUGGUUAUCCUGGUCAAGCCGGUGGUGCUGCCAUUGCUGAUGUUUUGUUUGGAACAGCUAAUCCAGGAGGGAAGCUGCCAAUGACAUGGUAUCCACACGACUACCUUGCAAAGGUGCCAAUGACAAACAUGGGAUUGAGAGCAGACCCGUCAAGGGGUUAUCCUGGUAGAACCUACAGAUUCUACAAGGGACCUGUUGUGUUCCCCUUUGGCCAUGGAAUGAGUUACACCACGUUUGCUCACUCUCUAGUCCAAGCCCCACGAGAAGUUUCAGUGCCACUCGCAAGUCUCCAUGUCUCGCGAAACACUACAGGCGCAAGCAACGCGAUCAGGGUCUCGCACGCAAAUUGUGAGGCACUCGCGUUAGGGGUUCAUAUUGAUGUGAAGAACACUGGAGAUAUGGACGGAACUCACACACUUCUUGUGUUCUCUAGUCCGCCGGGAGGAAAAUGGUCAACACAGAAGCAAUUGAUUGGCUUUGAGAAGGUUCAUUUAGUAACAGGGUCUCAAAAACGAGUCAAGAUUGAUAUUCAUGUGUGUAAGCACUUGAGUGUCGUGGACCGAUUCGGAAUUCGAAGAAUUCCAAUUGGUGAACAUGAUCUUUACAUUGGAGAUCUCAAGCAUUCGAUUUCACUCCGAGAAAAUUUGGAGGAGAUCAUGUCCUAAAACCAACAGCAACUGUAAGAUAAAACACACAACAAGUGUUAUCGAGUUGCAAAUACUAAGUAGGCGUCGAUUCCCAGUCCAUGAGCUUGCCGAAGGAUAUAUACAUAUUUACACACACACAUAUAUAUAUAUAACCGAGUGAAACAAAUAUGGGUCUAGGUAAGCCAUCAACACAACCAGCCAGAAAAUAGGCUGCGUUGCUGUCUUUCUCUUUUCCACAACUAUGUCCAUGUAUGAUUGUAAUGUACUUAUGAAAUUAAAAGUUGUUUUUAGUAAGGGAA